AGGCCAUCCCACACAAACAAACUGCAUAAUUAGAAUCCAUACCCAGAAUACACACCCACCAACCUGGAUCUUCACACAGAUCAUUUUCCUGGGGAAUUCUGUUUGUCAUCUUACCUCUGAUCUUUUCAGUUGGGUACACAACGGAGAAAGAGCAUAAUAACAGCAGGAGAGAACUCUACAUGAGGAUUUCAGAGUAUUAAUGGAAAUCAGUUUGGGAAUGAUUAACGUAAUUUGGAUUGCUGUCUUUCUCCUCCUUGGCACAGUGGAAGCCAAUGAAGUCUGCUAUGAAAACCUUGGCUGCUUCUCAGAUAAACCCCCUUGGUCAGGAAUACCUGGGAGACAACUGUUUGGCUUACCUGAGUCACCUGAAACUAUGAAUAUCUCUUUUUCUCUUUUCACCAGAGAGACGGGAAAUGUGUCACAAAAAGUAUACUACAAUGAUACAUCCACAAUCAAAAAUUCUUACUUUUCUCCAUUGAGGAAAACCCGCUUUGUUAUCCAUGGAUAUACCAGCACUGGAAAAUAUGGCUGGGUUGUGGAGAUGUGUUUGCUGCUAGUGGAUGUCGAAAACAUAAACUGCAUUGCUGUGGAUUGGGAAGAAGGUGCCAAAUGCACCUAUUUCACAGCUGCAAGCAACAUUCGGGUUCUAGGGGCUGUUAUAGCUUAUUUUCUCAACUCUUUAAAGAAAAUGUAUCUAUACUGCCCUUCCAACGUCCACCUCAUUGGUCAUAGUCUUGGUGCUCAUACUGCUGGAGAAGCAGGAAGACGACUUCGAGGCAUUAUCCAAAAUUUUGCAGGCAUCGGCAGAAUAACUGGCUUGGACCCAGCUGGGAUUGGUUUUGAAGGUUUCCCAGAAAUGGUCAGGUUGGAUCCUUCUGAUGCUAAAUUUGUGGAUGUCAUCCAUACCAACGCUGGGCAGUUUCCCACUAUAGGACUUGGGAUGCUUAAUGCCACUGGUGACCUUGACUUUUACCCCAAUGGAGGAACUAUUAUGGAGGGAUGCAAUGAUGUAAUCACCCCACUGAUAGAACUUGAACUUGAAGGCUUUAUUAAAGAAAUUCGUAGUGUUGGAAACUGCCAUCAUUCCCGGAGCCAUGAGUAUUACCGGUACAGCAUUCUCUAUCCAAAGGGCUUCCUGGGUUAUCCAUGUGAAUCAUAUGAAUCCUUUGAAGAAGGAAACUGCUUUCCGUGCCCCAAGGGUGGUUGCCCAAUGAUGGGCCAUUAUGCAGAUCGGUUCCGUGGUAAAAUGAAGAAUAAUACAAAAUAUUAUUUAAAAACAGGACCUAAGGAGCCAUUUACCAGUUGGAGAUAUAAUAUAUCUGUAAAUCUAUCUGGAAAUGCAAAGGGAGAAAUCAAUAUAAUUUUUCACAACAAAGAUGGAGACACAAAGGAAUACAAAAUUGAGAGUGGAAACCUUAACCAAGCACAAAUCUACUCAAAGAUCACUGAUUUAGAAAUCAGUCCUGACAAUGUUACAAGAGUUGAGUUUAUUUGGUAUAAACAGUUCUUAACUGUACUUUGGGACCGACUGGGAGCCAAGAGAGUGACUCUAACCCGUGGAGAGGAUGGACGCAAGUCUUUCCUUUGUGGCAAUGGGACAGUAAAAUAUGGUGUUCCUCAGACACUUGCAUCCUGCUGAACCUUUAAAGCAGACAGGUGUGUUCAGGUGUACAUAUGUACACUUGUAUAUAAGAAUAAUGAAGACCAGCCAUCUUUGCUUGGCCACUGAAAGCACCAAACAUUUGAGAAUGUGGCAAGUCUUCCGUGAAGUUUUCUUUUCAUUUCAGUUCUCUACAGAAUCAAUGAUGAUUUUUUUGGAAAAUGAAAAAUCAGUAUUCAGUUAUCAAUAUUCAUUUCUUUCCUGCUGUCUAAACUCAUGAAAAAAGACAGGAUGAUUGGGGGCCACUGGGAGCCUCCAUAAGUCAAGAUGAAAAAUGGAUCAAAAGGAGAAAGAUGAUCCCCUGACUUGAGGUAUAAACACAAAUAGAGGUAUAAUACAUGGGAGAGCAGAGAGGGAAGGCUAUUCUUGCUAUCAUACUAAUCCAUCCAAGGAAGUGGUCUUGUUGGCCAUGCCAUGUUGCCUUCUGGGAUGGUUUCCAUACAGAUUCUGUGGUUUCAAUUUCCAACAGUUGCCUAGUUCUUCCUUCCUGCAGGUUUCAAUUCCCAAACCAUCUGACUUGUUAUGGGCCUUAAUUCCACCCCACCUGUUUGAGGACCAUCAUUGUACAAAAACAAACUUGAAGACUGAAGACAUGUCCAAAUAGGGAAAGGUGUGUGUGUGUGUGUGUGUGUGUGUGUUAGAGAUAUAAAGAGAUCAACGAAAUUUGUCAUACUUGAUAACAAACUGUCAGUUUCUUUUGCAAACCUAGACAAAAAGACUAAUCCUCCCCAAUUUUGCAUAUUGACUGGAUUCUGUAAAAAAAUGCCUAAAAUGUUUUUCAUAAAAUCCAUACUUUUAACACAAAUUGAAAGUUGUUCAGAAAUAUCCCAAAAUGUGAAGAAUGUUUGAAAAAUUUGUGAAAAUGCUCGUAGUCUUGCCCAGUGAGGAGAAAACAAUAAUAAUUUCUUUCAUUCUCACAUGUGUCCACGUGUGUUUAAGUGAAGAGUUACAUCCUGUGUGCCUCGGAGAGUAGCAGCACACACUUGUAUCAAGGUCUACCUCAAAUGAUAUGUACUAAUGACCACUGUGUGAUCCACUGGACUGAUAUUUCAAUGUCUGCAAAAACCACAAUAAAGGAAUUGCAUUACCGGAGCAAAAA